AUGGAUGGAUCCAUUCUGGCUAAGCACGCGUUUGACCUCCGCAAGGCCAGCAGCGCUCUGUCUGAAACGAAGCGUUCCAUUUGGGAGAGCUGGGUUGGAGGAUCUCCGCCGCCGCCUCCGCACCACCACCACCACGAGGCGCACUCGGACGAGGACACGCCGACCUCGGACGACCUGGAGCAGUUCGCCAAGCAGUUCAAGCAGCGGCGGAUCAAACUGGGAUUUACCCAAGCGGACGUGGGCUUGGCCUUGGGCACCCUCUACGGCAACGUCUUCUCGCAGACCACCAUCUGCAGGUUCGAGGCGCUGCAGCUGAGCUUCAAGAACAUGUGCAAGUUGAAGCCUUUGUUGAACAAGUGGCUGGAGGAGGCGGACUCCUCGUCCGGCAGCCCCACCAGCAUAGACAAGAUCGCGGCGCAGGGGCGCAAGCGGAAAAAGCGCACCUCCAUCGAGGUGAGCGUCAAGGGCGCCCUCGAGAGCCAUUUCCUCAAGUGCCCCAAGCCCUCCGCCCAGGAGAUCACCUCACUGGCGGACAGCCUCCAGCUCGAGAAGGAGGUGGUCCGCGUGUGGUUUUGUAACAGGAGACAGAAAGAGAAACGCAUGACUCCCCCGGGAGGGGCUCUGCCGGGAGCCGAGGACGUGUAUGGGGCCAGCAGGGACACGCCGCCGCCGCACCAUGGGGAACAAGACUGGGGAGAUGCUCUUCCCCUCUCUUCAAACCACCCCCUGACAACGUUGCUUCAAAGCUGCCUUUAA